AUGAUUUUGAUAAAAGUUGAAAAGCUUAUAAUAAAUUAUUCGAAAAAAAAAAAGUUUUUUUUUAGAACGUAUAGAGGUAGUAAGAAAAAGGAAAAAUAUGAUGAUUUAGAAAGCAAGCAUUUAUACUGGUGUAUUAAUAAUAUGAAAAAGGAACAUUUAAACGAACCUAACGAAAAUUUUUUCCAAAUGAUUGAAAAUGAUAAAAUAGAAGAAAACCUUUCAGAUAUAGUUGGAAUAAAAAAUUCUAUUCCCCAUAAUAGUAGAAUAAAUGAAAAUAUGAAAAAAAAUUUAUUUAAAAAAGGGAACUAUAUAGAACCUGGUAAAUUAGAAGAAAUAAACAAAAUUUUUAAUCCAUCUAUAAAAACAUUAAUUAAUAAAGAGAAAAGUGUAUCGAAUGAUUUUGAUAAUUACUUAAAUAAUAGAAACUUAGAAAAAACUUUUGAUAAUAAAUGUAAUUUAAAUAAUAAUCAAUUAGAAAAAGAAGGGGUAUGUGAUUACUUUAGUAAUAUCAAAAAAGAUAAUAGUAAUCCAUUAAAAAUUAAUUUUAUGAAUAGGAAAAUGAUGAAAAAAAUAAAUAUUAAUCAAGUAGAUGAUGGGCAUGAAGAAUUUCUAAAAAAAAUGAAAAAUAGUAGCUCCUUGACUACAAAUUAUAAUUUUAUUUACAAUAAUAAAAAUGAUUUAAAAAAAGUGAAUAAUACAAAUUCAAAUGAGGAUAAUAACAAAGAAAAUACGAAAAGGGACAUUUUAAAUAGUAUGAGUGAUAUAGAAGAAUAUAAUUUUAAAAAUGUCAGUAAUAGUGAGAAAAAAGAUAUUUUUGAUUACGAAAGUCUGAAAGAAAAGAGUAUGUAUCAAGAUUUAACACAUGAUGAAUACAGUUAUAUGAAUAAUUUAUACAUUAAAAAGUGCGAUUUAGAUAGAAAAAUUAGAUGGUUUAAAAUGAAUAAUAUCCUUAAUCCAAUUAAAGAAGCUAAGAGUAUUAUAAACUCAUUAAAAUUAAGCAAAGAUGAAGAAAAAAGAGAAAAAGAAGAAAAUGAAUUUCUUUUAAAAGAAGAUAUCAAGCCUUACUAUGAAAAUGAAGGGAAUUUUUCUCAUAAAAUUGAAAAAAUAUGUGAACAAAAUCAAUAUGAUGAAAUCGUUUCAAGAAUAAGAAUGAAAAUAAGAAAGGAAAAAUUAGAAAAUUCUAAAAUAAUAAAGGAAAAAGUUCCUAAUGUAGCUCGACAUAUAUUAGACCCAAUAAAAUAUCACGUAAAUAGAAGAAAAAUAAGAUUGGAGAAACUUUUACAAACGCAUUUAGAGCAAUUAUUAAAUUGUAAUAAUUCAUACUUUAAAUUUUAUUUAUUAAAUGGUUUAUCCAUUUCUAUUCAUCACCUUGAAAUGAAAUCAACUAGAUCUGUUUGCAAAAUUGUAUACUCAUUAUUAAAUAAAGAUGUCAACCAUGAAAUGAUACAAGAAAAAUUAUAUAAAGUGGCAUUUAUUUUAAGAAAAUUAUUAGCUAGAAAACUUCAAUUAGGAUAUACACCUCCUUUGAAAUUUAUUCCUUUAAAUGAUCAACAACAAAAAAAUAUUAAGCAUUUACAGUAUUAUAAAUUAUAUUCAAAAUAUAAUUAUCCAUCAGAUAUUAUAGAUAAUAAAAUAAAAAAUACAAAAUUAAUUGACUUCUAUGAUAAAGAUUUAUCAGGAUUUUAA